GUAACAAAUAUGGCCCAGUGUUCACUGUUUGGAGGAUGACGGAGCCCAUUGUGGUUCUCUGUGGUUACGAGGUGGUAAAGGACGCCCUGAUGAAUCAUGGCGAGCAAUUCAGUCAGCGCCCCAGGAUCCCAACAUAUGUAGUUUACAAUAAAGGAUACGCGUUUAGUAGUGAGUGUGAAUUCUGGCGCCCAAUGCGUCGCUUUUUGUUAAGCGCAUUGAGGAAUUUUGGGAUGGGGAAAAAGAUCAUGGAGAACCAAAUUCACGAGGAGCUGUGUGAUCUAAUCUCUGCCAUAUCCCAAACUGGAGGAAAAGCCUUUAACCCCACCAAUCUCCUGGGAUCGGCUGUGAACAGCACCAUCAGUUAUAUUCUGUUUGGGGAAAAGCUUGAUUACCAGGACCCAAAGUUGCAUGAGCUUAUAAUGGCGAUUAGAAAGCACAUUGGAAACCCACUCUCACUGCUUAAUCAGAUAUGCAACGUGUUUCCAGUUCUCCUGAAACUCCCACUUAUAAAUGACAAGUUAUAUAAAGACACCUUUGAUGUACACAACUUUGUCAGAAAGCAGAUUUCUCGACACAGAGAGAGUGUGGACUUAAACUCACCCAGAGAUUUCAUGGACUAUUUCCUGGGGAAGAUUAAAGAGGAGGAGUUAAAAACAGACAGCCUUUUCAAUGACACCAGCCUAGAAGUUAUGGCAAGUGGUAUAAUGGCUGCAGCCACGGACACCACUAGUACCACCCUAAAGUUCUGCCUUAUUUGUAUGACACACUUCCCAGAAAUCCAAGAAAAAGUUCAGCGAGAGAUCGAUGAGGUAGUUGGCCCUGACCGGUGUCCUGGAAUGCAGGAUAGACCACAGCUGCCGUACACCAAUGCCGUAAUCCACGAAUGUCAGAGGAUUUAUGAUUUGGCACCCAUUGCUCAUUAUCACGCACUGUCCGAGGACACCCACUUCCGAGGAUUCAUGCUCCCCAAGGGGACAACCGUCAUCCCUUUCCUCUCCUCGGUGCUAUUUGAUCCGACACAGUGGGAGACGCCUGAGGACUUCAACCCCGGCCAUUUCCUGGACGAUAAGGGCCAGUUCAAGGCAAACCCGGCAUUUAUGCCAUUCUCUGCUGGAUUGCGGAUGUGUCUCGGAGAGAACUUGGCUCGAAUGGAGCUUUUCCUCUUUAUCUCAGCUCUGCUCCAAAAAUUCACUUUCACCAGAACACCUGGAUCUAAACAGUUGGACUGUAAAUCUCUGAGAAAUAACAAGCCCGCGAUCAUAGUGAGUUCCGAGCUCUGCGCUGUCCCUCGCUCCACGUCCUCGGUCACUAAGUGAUGACACGAGGAGGACACCAGCUCCCUUUAUAAAUGUACCUUCAUGAAUUAAAACCAUUACUAAAUUGUUACAGAUUACAA